CAAAUGUUCAAUAGCAGCUCCAUCACCCACUUCCUCCUCCUGGCAUUUGCAGACACACGGGAGCUGCAGCUCGUGCACUUCGGGCUCUUCCUGGGCAUCUACCUGGCUGCCCUCCUGGGCAACGGCCUUAUCAUCACCACCAUAGCCUGUGAUCACCGCCUCCACACCCCCAUGUACUUCUUCCUCCUCAACCUCUCCCUCCUUGACCUGGGCUCCAUCUCCACCACUGUUCCCAAAGCCAUGGCCAACUCCCUCUGGGACACCAGGGAUAUCUCCUAUGCAGGAUGUGCUGCCCAAGUAUUUCUCUUUUUGUUUUUCAUUUCAGCAGAACUGUCUCUUCUCACUGUCAUGGCCUAUGACCGCUACGUUGCCAUCUGCAAACCCCUGCACUACGGGCCCCUCCUGGGCAGCAAAGCUUGUGUCCACAUGGCAGCAGCUGCCUGGGGCAGUGGGUUCCUCUAUUCUCUCCUGCACACUGUCAAUACAUUUUCACUCCCUCUCUGCAAGGGCAAUGCUGUAGACCAGUUCUUCUGUGAAAUCCCUCAGAUCCUCAAACUCUCCUGUGCUGAUAUUUAUCUAAGGGAGGUUUGGCUUAUUAUGUUUAGUGUGCUUGUGAUCUCUGGAUGUUUUAUUUUCAUUGUGCUGUCCUAUGUGCAGAUCUUUAGGGCCGUGCUGAGGAUCCCCUCUCAGCAGGGACGACACAAAGCCUUUUCUAUGUGCCUCCCUCACCUGGCUGUGGUCUCCGUUUUUAUCAGCACUGCAGUGUUUGCAUACCUGAAGCCCCCUUCCAUCUCUUCCCCAUCCCUGGACCUGGUGGUGGUACUGCUUUACUCAGUGGUGCCUCCAACAGUGAACCCCCUCAUCUACAGCAUGAGGAACAAGGACCUCAAAAAAGCCCUUUUGAAACUGAUGGAAUGGGUGCUGUUUCACUGGAAAUAA